GUAACGUUUUUAACUUGCAGUUGUCACUCAAGUUAUUCGAUGUCAUUCCAACUAUAUUCUGAUGACAUCGAACAAUUCUAAGUGAAGACAGUUUAUAGAAUGAAUAAAUAACAAUCAAUUUUAUAUUUACAAGUUUUGAGUUAUGUAGAAUUUUUAAUUCCAUCAAGUGAUGACGUAGCAGAAAGCAAAGUUCAGCGAGCAGCAAGGGAAAGUGUGCAACGCAGUUUUCAUUUCUGUGUGAAAAAGUAUGCAACAUUGUCCAGACGUAUGUUCUUAUGCAGCGACCUCUUAGAAAGCCCAGGUUGUGAGAAUUAUUUUGCCCCAAUUGUGGUGUUUCUAGCAUUUUUCGAUUUAAAGUUAUCAUUAGUUGAAGCAGAGUGGGUUUUGGAGCGGAUCAAAAUAUUUCCUACAUGAGCAGCUCGGAGCACCAGCCCCAAACAACAGUACGAGAGAGGACACAGUCACAGCCAUAGCCCGAUCUCGUUAAGGAAUAUGCUUAACUUAACCGAAUAUUUUACUCUAAAUACCUCGGAUCCAUGGUGAAGAGAAAGAAGAUAGCAUCCGCUCCAGAGGAACACCAAAAUGGGAUGACAGUAAAGCUGGGGGAAGGCAGUGGGGAUGAAGGGGUGAAACAAUGGAGCAAAAAGCUUGAAGGUUGCGGGGAAGAGGAGAGCGCCGAGCCGGGGAACGAAGAGAGCAGCCACAGCACAAAGAAAGACGGAGAGGAUAAUCUUAAUCCAUCACCAGCGACUUCAUCCAGUUUGACACCAGCAUCAUUCCCAUCACCUUCCUCGUCCCUGUCACCGUCCUGCUCGAACCUGCAGCUACAACAGAGCCAGGACCAGCAUCACUUCCUAAGGUCCAGCGUCCGACCACCGAGCAAGCGACUUAGGAAGGAUUCCAUUGCCUCUGUUAAUGGCCAUAGCAGUGCCAGGGGGAAAGGAGCUGAGAAUGGGGCUGCUAUCCUGGCAGGGUGUGGCCCUCCUGGGGUCUCAGUGGGAACCUCGAAGGCGGCUCCUCGGAGCCUGGGAUCCGCUGACAAGGAGGAGGGGAACAAGAAGAAGGUGCGACGGCAGUGGGAGUCCUGGAGUGCAGAGGACAAGAACUCCUUCUUUGAGGGGCUCUAUGAGCAUGGCAAGGAUUUUGAAGCCAUUCAAAAUAACAUUGCACUGAAGUACAAGAAGAAAGGCAAACCAGCCAGCAUGGUCAAGAACAAGGAGCAGGUUCGACACUUCUACUACCGCACCUGGCACAAGAUCUCAAAAUACAUCGACUUCAAUAACGUGUUCUCUCGUGGGCUGAAGAAGUCGUCUCAGGAGCUGUACGGAUUGAUCUGCUAUGCAGAGCUCAGAAAGAAGAUUGGGGGCUGUAUGGAUGAUAAGAACGCAGCUAAACUCAAUGAGCUCAUUCAGAUUGGGGCAACCACAGUCCGUUACAAGGGCAGGAAUUUGAGGAUUAAGGCCCCCAUGUGUCGGGCACUCAAGAAGCUGUGUGACCCUGAUGGUGCGUAUACGGGGGUCAGUGACGAGGAGGACCAGAAGCCUGUGAGACUGCCCUUGAGGGUGCCUGUAGAGCUGCAGCCGCGCAGUAACCGCUCCUGGGCGCGAGUGCAGAGUCUGGCACACAACCCACGCCUCCGGAUGGUGGUGGAGCUCCACAGGAAGGUGUCCAGUCUCAUUGAGUUUCUCAAGCAGAAGUGGGCAGUCCAGGAAAACCACAUUCGGAAGACCCUAGAGGAGCGCCAGGUGCAAGACGGCUCCCCAAGGCUCCCUUCCAUUGAGAAGGAGGAUCUAUACCUCUACCCCACCGAAAACUGCACCCUGACAGCCCUCCCGGACGUGGCCCGUGUCGUCCACUCCAAAGCCUUCUGCACCGUGCACUGGCAGGAAAGUGGUAAGUGCCGGCCAAGCGCAAAGGAGCUCCCCCCUGCGCAGAUCCUGGGGAUCCACAGGGCCCCCAAGGGGCCGAGUCGAGCAAGGACAGACCCCCGCCAGGGGGAGCUGGAGCUGGGGGGAGCUGAGGAAGGGAGCAGUAGGGGGCGGCACAGUUCCCCGAGUGACAGGACUGGAGAGCCGAUCUCCCCUCCCAGAGUGAGCAAGGAGGAUGCACUUUCAACAGACCAGCAGGGGGAGCAGCGGAGCUGUGUGUGUGGAGGAAUGGAUGUAGAGGAGCUGUCUCUGUUGGACCCUUUCCCCCGGUACAUGAGAUCCUGCCAAGACCUGGUCGUGCCGGAUAGCUGCCUCUGUUCCCAAGAGCACUUGUCAGCAGGGAAGGAGGGGGCCGGACCCCAAGACCCUGCCAGGAACACAGCGGCAGAAUAUGUGGAGGAGCAGUCUGCCGCCCCCAGCAGUGAGGGGGUGUCCUGCGAGUCGCCCGCGACAGACUCUUGCACUAGAGAAGAGGGGGCUGCAGAGAGCUGUGCAGUAAAGGAUGACGGGGGGUUACUUCAGCAGAUCCGCCAGGAAGGCUGGAGCAGUCGCGGCUCGGAGAACGUCACGCUGGCCCAACUCUAUCUCAUGCUGGGAAAGCCAGGGAAGCUGCAGCUGGAAUAUGACUGGAUUCCAGUCCACAAGGGCGCCAGCACAGACCAUCACACACAGAGAAUGCUCAAGUGUCUGCUGAGGCUGGUCUCUAGCGAGGUGAACCCUAAGCCGGUCCCGGAGUUGAGUUCCACUUCUCCCCAGAAGUCUGUCCCUGAGGAGCAGUCCUUCACGCCGCCGGGGAAGGCCCUGAUUCUCGGCGCUCGCAGUCCCAGCUGCGGGCGAAACCAGGCAGCUGUGCGGGGCAGCAAAACCUUUUCCCCCACUGCGGGGUCCCCAGGUGUGCGGAACCUGCCCCGGUCUCUGGUGGUUCCAGGCAGCACUGGCACAGGCAGUGGAGAUGUGGACAGCGGCGUGUUUGCGGUCCCCACCACACUGCCUCCCAACAGCCGGCACGGCAAGAUGUUCUCCCCCAACAAAGAGGCCGAGCUGGCUUUCAGGCAGCAGCUGGACUCCAUCAGCAUGCAGUCAGACAUCUUUCUACCCAAACAGAGGAAGUUCAGGAAUCGUCACCUCCGCAAACCCUUGGUGGUACAGAGAACUCUGCUCCCCAGGACGACUGGAGACCCCUCCCAGCAUGUGUGCUCCUUCUCCAUCCUCUCCAACUCUUCUGCCACAGGCACGGGUUCAUUCCGUCCCAUCCAGCCCCCUCUGUCCAAAGCAGCUGUGUCCUGCCCCCUCUCCUCUCACGGCGCUGCUGCACCAUGUUCCCACCAGCUCUCCAGUGCAAUCGAUUUGGCAGCUAAGUCCGCAGGCAUCAUCCCCAGAAGCGAUGGUCCUCCACUGUCACCAGGCACCAUCACCAUGGAGACAGGGCCAGAGCCAUCACCAGGCACCAUCACUGUGGAGACAAGCCCAGAGCUAUCACCAGGCACUAUCACCAUGGAGACAGGGCCAGAGAUAUCACCAGGCACUAUCACCAUGGAGACAGGGCCAGAGCUAUCACCAGGCACCGUCACCAUGGAGACAGGGCCAGAGUUGCCAGAACAGAACAAAGCUGAUCUCAGCCCAUUGGAGUCCACACUGCACAACGGGCCUGUGCCCAGCUCUCGCCUGUCUCCUCCCAACGUCUCAUCACUGCUGGACAUCUCCUUGCCAGGACCCCCAGAGGAUUUGCUGUCACAGGGGGAGCCGGCCACACACAUCAGCGACUCCAUCAUUGAACUGGCGAUUAACUCUGCACAGUAUGCAAAACUGAAUGGCAGUGACAGCUCCAAGAGUCUGCCCUCUCCCUCCAGCAGCCCCCAGAGGAGCUGGAUCGCCUCCCCCACCCACGACCCCCAGUGGUACCCCAGUGACUCCAGCGACUCCUCUCUGGGCUACUUGCUGUCAAGCCUGAUCUCUCCUGAUAAAGGUCGCAAGAUGCUGUUGGCCUCGUCGGGACACUCCAGCGGGACCUCUCUGCUGGGCCCCAGCCUGCUGGACGGGAGCUCCCGUGACUCCUUCGUUUCACGCUCGCUGGCAGACGUGGGAGAGAUGGACUCUCAGCUCGCAUGCAUGAUGAGUGAGAGCAGCGUGGACUACAUUGCUCGCUUCAACGACCUUGCACAGGAACUGUCCGUCUCAGAGACCCCUCCCCCACCCUUGCGCAGGGAGGAGCUGUCUGUCACAGAGCCCCUGCGCAGGGAGGAGCUGUCCGUCACAGAGCCCCCUCCUCCGCCCCUGUGCAGGAGCUGAUAGAUCUUAAAACUGUCAGGUCGGGUCUUAAAGGAUCCCACUGACGCAUCAACAUGACUUGGUAGCCCAUUCCAUACCCUCACCACUCUGCGUGUGAAGAAACAUCUCCUACCCUUUGUCUUGUAUCUCCAUUUAAUUUCCAACUGUCCUCUGGUCCUGGUUUCUGUGCUGUGCUUAAAGUAUUGAUUAAAGUUCAUUUCAGUUUU